AGAUGGCUAUACUGGUACUUUGAAGUGCUUCGAGCGGGUACCAAAGAGAUUUCAACAAUUCUACACCACAAUACCGGUGAAACUACCCGCCUAACCGUUUAUAUCUUCAAAACCAUUGUCCAGUGGAGGAAACGCAUUUUGAAUGUUCACUGAGUUURGAGAAGGGAAAACAACAGUUUUUUAUCGUCACAAGAGUUGACACUGGAGAGAAAAAUCAACAAGCUUUACUGGCAUUCAGAUUUCUACAGAAGUUAUUGCCAUUGAUAUGAAAAAUCGAUUGGAAAUGGAGCAGUAUUUAUAAUAUAUCUUAAAAUAUCACGAUAAUAUGAUUUCAAGAAGACGAGUGGUUUAUUACACUAUUUUGAUAACCUCAUUAUUUUGGAUUUUUGGGACAGUUGCAUUUUUCUUCCUUCAAUCUUUGGAGGUGAAUAUUGAAGUCAAGCGCAGACGUCAAGUGGAGUACUUGAGCAAACCCAAUUGGAAUAUUAAAUUAAACGAUGAAAAACUAUUACCUCCACCUCUGCCUCCUCCAGGGAAACUAUCGAAAGAUAUAAAAGACGAUAAAAAAAUUGAAAAAACUGUAAAAAAGGACGAGGAGAAGCCUUCACCAAAGCCAAGGAAGGUGGUUUAUUCAUUAGCAGAAUACGAUAAUUAUCCACCCGGUGUUAAGCUAGAUGGACCGGGUGAUGGGGGAGAAGGAGUUACAGUCAAUCCGAAGUUUAAAAAGAAAGAAGAGGACGGAUACGAUCUGCAUUCAUUUAAUUUAGUAGCAAGCGACAUGAUGUCUCUCCAUAGACGACUUCCAGAUUACAGGAACGAUGCGUGCAAAACAAAGAAAUACCCUAUUCAUUUACCAAAAAGUAGCAUAAUAAUAUGCUUUCAUAACGAGGCUUGGUCAACCCUUUUGAGGACGGUACAUAGCGUUAUAAAUAGAACUCCUCCAAGGCUUCUGGAAGAAAUUAUUCUUAUUGACGAUGCUAGUGACAGAGAUGAAUUAAAAGAAAAAUUAGAAAAAUAUACAGCAAAAUUAAAAGUUGUGAGAAUAAUUCGACUCCCCAGUCGUCAAGGACUAAUAAGAGCAAGGUUAAAGGGAGCAGAAGUUGCCAAAGGCGCAAUUUUAACAUUUUUAGAUGCUCAUUGCGAAUGCUCAAAAGGAUGGCUAGAACCUCUUGCAGCAAAGAUAGCUGAAAAUCCUUCAAAUGUUGUCAUGCCUGUUAUAGACGAAAUCAGUGAUACAUCAUUUUAUUACCACGCUGUACCGGAACCRUUCCAUAGAGGAGUGUUUCGAUGGAGACUGGAAUUUGGAUGGAAGCCUGUUCCUCAGUAUGAAAUGGAAAGACGUGUGGAUGAUGCUGAUGGCAUAAGGACUCCAGUGAUGGCUGGUGGUUUAUUUUCUAUUAGUAAAAACUAUUUUAACAAGAUUGGUACUUAUGAUACUGGAAUGGAUAUAUGGGGAGGAGAAAACAUUGAAAUUUCAUUCAGGAUUUGGAUGUGUGGUGGUUCCAUUGAAAUGCUGCCCUGCUCCAGGGUGGGUCAUGUUUUUAGACCACGAUUUCCGUACUCGUUUCCAGCCCGCCCAGGUCACGAUGUUGACGUGGUUAGCAACAACCUAAUGAGAGUAGCAGAUGUCUGGAUGGACGAGUACAAAAAGCAUUUUUAUAACAUUCGUUUCGAUUUGAAGAAGAAGAAACACGACGACGUUUCAGAAAGACUGCAACUCAGAGAAAAACUGCAUUGUAAAAGUUUUAAAUGGUAUUUGGAUCAUGUGUAUCCUGAACUCGAGGUYCCUGACACUAAUUUCCUUGCUGCRGGCCAGGUUCGAAACCCUGCUUCUGACAUGUGUCUAGACACUUUGGGUAAAAAAGAUGACGCUCCAUUGGGUUUGUAUGCAUGUCACGGCCAGGGAGGUAACCAGUACUUUGUUUUGACGAGUCAAGGUGAAAUCAAAUCAGAAGACAACUGUCUAGAUUACAACGGCAGUGACUURAAUUUAAGAGAAUGCGAUGGACURAAACAGAAUCAGAAGUGGGUUUAUGAGAAAAAUUUAAUAAAGAAUCCGCGGCACAAAGUUUGUCUAGAUCGCGGGCGUGAUGGAAACCAGUAUGCCAGAGCAAAGCGAUGUCGAGACAGUGAAACACAAAACUGGGAAUUUUCCAAAACAGAAGACAUGGACGAGGAAUAGAUUAGUUCUGAACGUGCAUGAAGACACGAUUCGUUCACCUUGUAAUGGCUGUAAUUCAAUUAGCAGGUGACACUGUUCAGCACUGUAAAAGUGUUGUUGAAAUCUGUAGGGAAUUAUAAUCUUCGUUUGAACAUACAUUCGUAAGAUCUCUUCAUCCACAUCAUUUUUCAAAACGACAAUUUAUUUAAAUAAAAUGAACUUUGGGACAA